AUGGAGGGUACCGCAAACGUGAUAGUGUAUCGUAAUGGUGAGAUUAUACGAAAUAGUCAUGAGGGAGUGAAGUUUGUGUGUGAGAAUCCGUUUUCGUUUGUGGUUCCAUGCACCAUGACGUUUAUCGAGCUUCAAAACGGUCUCUGUCAAAGCAUGGAGAAGAGUAUAUUGAGGAGAGUGAGCAGUAUAUUGUGCCGGAAUCCGGUUAUAAUUUUUGGUGGUCUAAUACAGUUUGAUAUCAUGCCGAUCACUGACGAGGAGAGUAUGCAAAAUAUGUUCCAAAUUCACCGGCAAACUCAAAUACGACAGCCACAGAUUGAGCUGUAUGUUGAGUUUGAAGACGUAGAGGCAGAUGAGAUUCAAAAUGAUUUAGAUAUAGAGGAUGAUAGAGCUACAGUGUACGAAGGAAUGAACAGUGACAGCAAAGAGGACUUCGAAGCCACUUAUGAAACUGGCGAUAAAGACGAGGAUGGUGAUGUGGGAGUCGAAGCAGAAGUGGAGAAUGUGGUGGUUCUCCCCGCAGUCAGUCAACCGAUGAACGUCCCACAUUUUAUGCGUAAUUUGGAUCUUGACGCGAUGAAUACACCGGAAUUUUCGGAAUAUGCAAAUAUAGGUGUUGCUGAUCCUGAGGACGGAGAGUUUAAGAUAGGAAUGGAGUAUAGUUCUAGAAAGUCUGUCGUCGCAGCAAUCAAAAGUUACACUAUCUCUAGAGGAGUCGACUACAAUGUUUAUGAGUCCGAAUCAUUGACGUUCUAUGCAAAAUGCAAGACGUAUGGGCGUGGGUGCGACUGA